GUUCACAGCUGUGAUUUUGUGACUGUUUUUGGUCUUUUAUUUAGUGUUUAGUGCCAUGUUAUGACUUUGCUUGUUUUAGUUUCGGUUUUGCUGAAUCCUCCAAAACGAAAGCAUGCAUAAAAUGGGUUUUAUUUUUUAAUUGAAAUGGCAGAAGCCAGUAUCUCAUGUGCUGAGGAUCAGUUCUGCUGUCCAGUGUGUCUGGAUCUGCUGAAUGUUCCAGUGACGAUUCCCUGUGGACACAGUUACUGUAUGAGCUGCAUCUCAGACGUCUGGGAUCAAGAAGAUCAGAAAGGAAUCUACAAAUGUCCUUUGUGCAAACAGAGCUUCAGUCCAAGACCUGUUUUAGGUAAAAAUGUGGUGAUUGCUGAAAUGGUGGAGAAACUGAUGAAGACGAGACUCCAAGCUGCUGGUCCUGCAGUUCAUCACACUGAAUCUGGAGAUGUUCAGUGCGACUCCUGCACUGGAAUUAAACAGAAAGCUGUUAAAUCGUGUCUGGAGUGUCAGAGCUCUUACUGUCAAAAUCAUCUUGAACAGCACGAGAAUCUCUUCAGAAGUAAAAAACACAAUCUGAUGGACGCCACUGGACGACUGCAGGAGAUGAUCUGCUCUCAACAUGAUAAAAUGCUGGAAAUUUAUUGCCGUACUGACCAACAAUGUAUCUGUAUGAUGUGUUUGGUGGAUGAACACAAAAAUCAUGACACUGUAUCAACUGUAGUAGAACGGAAAGAGAAACAGAGAUAUUUUGAGGAUACACAGAGAAACAUCCAGAAAAAAAUCCAGCAGAAAGAAAAAGAUCUUCAGGAGGUGAGAGAGGCUGUGAAGUCUCAUAAGAACUCUGCACAGACAGCAGUGGAGGACAGUGAGAGGAUCUUCACUGAACUCAUUCACUCCAUUGAAAAAUGUCGCUCUGAGGUGAAGCAGCUGAUCAGAGAUCAGGAAAGAGCUGCAGUGAGUCGAGCUGAAGAACUACUGGAGCAACUGGAGCUGGAGCUCGAUGAUCUGAUAUGGAGAGAUGCUGAGCUGAAGCAGCUUUCAGAAACAAAGGAUCAUGUUCAUUUCCUCAAAAGUUUGUCGUCUGUAUCUUUCUCUGAAUCUACAGACGGAUUCACCUUCACUAAUCAUUCUUUUGAUGAUGUAGUGAAAUCAGUCUCUCAACUCAGAGACAAACUGCAGCAGUUCUCCAUAGAUGAGGCAGAAAAUAUAUCUAAAAGAGUGAAAAUCGUCCAGGUUAUUCAGACUCCUGAAUAUCAGGCCAGAGGGGAGUGCCUACAAUAUUCUCAUCCAAUGGAUUUCACAGCCAAGGAGACCAAACCCCCGGGCUCCACCUCCGCAACCCCAUUCACGAGGUGGAAUACCAACCCCCCAGCCUCCACCUCCGCAAGCCCGUUCACGAGGUGGAAUACCAACCCCCCAGCCUCCACCUCCGCAAGCCCGUUCACGAGGUGGAAUACCAACCCCCCAGCCUCCACCUCCGCAAGCCCGUUCACGGGGCAAAGUUCCAACCCCCUGGCCUCCACCUCCGCAAGCCCGUUCACGGGGUGGAAUUCCAACCCCCCAGCCUCCACCUCCGCAAGCCCGUUCACGGGGCUGAGUUCCAACCCCCCCGCCUCCACCUCCGCAAGCCCGUUCACGAGGUGGAAUACCAACCCCCCAGCCUCCACCUCCGCAAGCCCGUUCACGGGGCAAAGUUCCAACCCCCUGGCCUCCACCUCCGCAAGCCCGUUCACGGGGUGGAAUACCAACCCCCCAGCCUCCACCUCCGCAAGCCCGUUCACGGGGCAAAGUUCCAACCCCCCGGCCUCCACCUCCGCAAGCCCGUUCACGGGGUGGAAUUCCAACCCCCCAGCCUCCACCUCCGCAAGCCCGUUCACGGGGCUGAGUUCCAACCCCCCGGCCUCCACCUCCGCAAGCCCGUUUCACGAGGUGGAAUACCAACCCCCCAGCCUCCACCUCCGCAAGCCCGUUCACGGGGCUGAGUUCCAACCCCCCGGCCUCCACCUCCGCAAGCCCGUUCACGAGGUGGAAUACCAACCCCCCAGCCUCCACCUCCGCAAGCCCGUUCACGGGGCUGAGUUCCAACCCCCCAGCCUCCACCUCCGCAAGCCCGUUCACGAGGUGGAAUACCAACCCCCCAGCCUCCACCUCCGCAAGCCCGUUCACGGGGCCGAGUUCCAACCCCCCAGCCUCCACCUCCGCAAGCCCGUUCACGAGGUGGAAUUCCAACCCCCCCAGCCUCCACCUCCGCAAGCCCGUUCACGGGGCUGA